CGAUAAUGUUUUCCGAUAAUAUUCAGUCAUUUCUUAUUUGUAACGGAUUAUUUUCCAUCAAAUACACCACCGUUUGUUUCCUUUUGAGAAGUAAUUAUUGGAUAAGAAUGUUUGCAUCCGAAUUUUCAGGACUUUCACCUACUUGGGGUUUAUGCACUUCUUGUCAAAGAAGGGCGGAAUGGGCUUGUAAGCGUUGUACGGAUAUGUAUUGUUCUGCGGAAUGUCAACGAAAGGAUUGGCAACGUCACCGUUACAUUUGCUUUCCCAUGCCUAGUUUAAUGCCAGUUGGUGACAUCGAGUUACACGGAUGUGAAUAUGGAAUGACACAACUUUUUACGAAACCUAAAGAAAAUAAAGACGGUUCCACAUCAGCCGAUGAGUUAUUAAAUAAUGGUAACAGUGAAAUGAAUAUUGAAAUCCGCAGUAAAUUUUGUGAUACUGCCGAAAGGCAUGUAUUAGUGAAAUUUAUUUCAUCUAAUAAAUGCGUUGUGCGUUCGCUUAUACAACCAGACGGUUUUACGGAUAUCCUGAAAAAAAUUCAUGUUCUGGGAAAAAGUGCUCCGGAAUUAAAUGCAACGCCUUCAGUAGGUUCUGUUGCUCUUCUAUUAUAUAAAGGUAUAUAUUCUCGAGUUGAAGUAUUGUUAAUCCAGCAUGACAAAGCAAUUAGAGUAUUAUUCUGCGAUUAUGGAAUGAUUGGAACUGCAACCAAAACCGAUUUCAGAGUGGCGCUAGAUGAUGUUCUGAAAUUUCCUCGUUUAUCAUCGGUAAUCAAACUGCAAAAUGUACAAGAAUGUUCUGCAUCAAAAAUAAUGAAUUUGCUGCAAAAGUUUGAAGGGCUAAAAUGCGAACUGCGUAAAGAUGUGGUCCCGACUAGUGGCGAUAUCGUAGAGGUGUUUACUAUUAUGUGUGAAAGCCUGAACAUAAAUGAGGAAAUAAAUAAAAUGAUGGUCCGAGACGUUAAAACUUCUCAGAGUUUAGAAAAUAAAAUUGUUAAUAAUAAUGAUGAUCUCUUGCUCGAUUUCAAUCACGAUGAGCCUUGUCAAAAAGGAAGCCCAAUUUUUUCACCGCCAUUUGAUAUUUAUGUAUUCCAAACUGAUUUAGUAAAUUUCAAAGUUGUAGUCUUAGACACCUCAGCUUUAAGUUACGGGUAUGUUGGUUGCAUAGCAGAAACUGAUUUAAAAUAUUUAGUUACCGUACAAGAGUAUUUGAAUCAAUAUGUAGAUGAUGGCAAAUUUUAUAAUCCGAAACUUUAUGAAUAUUGCUUGGCUAAGUUUGAGAAUGAUUGGUACAGAGCACGUGUUGUGAAAAUUUUAGGAAACUCGCUCUAUACUGUUGUUUACUUGGAUUUUACAAAUGAAGGCACAAUAUCAUCGCAGGAUAUACGGCGCUAUCCUAAUGAAUUAAAUGGAUCCUGUCGUACGAACUUAUGUUUGAUUGAUGGAUUGCCUACUUCACUGAAUGCCGAUCAUAUUAAAUUUUUAAGGGGAGAGAUAACGACAGAACGUAAAUUACUUAUUGGAAAAGUUAAAGAAGUUCUUCAACAAAUUGUUGUAGUUGAAUGUCAGCAUAUUAUUAAAAAGAUGAGCGACCUUGAAUUAAUUUAAAAAGAAAUAUAUUGUUUAAUAUAUGUAUACUUAACCAGUGAAAUAAAAUUUUAUUUGAGUUCGAACAAUUACUAUAUCUUACAAAA